GUAUAUGUUCAGAGGAUAUAAGCAGCAGAUUGUGAGUUGAAGCCAACUGAUUAUCCGAGAUGCAGUCCUUACUGACAAAUCUAGUUUCCGGGAGGCUCAGCACCUACGCUGCAAUCAUUCUGAUGUUUACUUACAGUAUUUUGCUGGACAGGGACUUUGCAUGCAGCUGCGAACAACAAGAUUUUGACUGUAAUUUAUACAUUGGUCUGCCUGUUUUAAUAAUAUUCAUCUUGAUACUCUGGACAGACAGGUAUUUUCAGAGAGGCUGUAAGUUUCUGUGUGCAUUCGGAGGCUGUGGCAGUUUUUGGGGUUAUUCUUUGCGUAAGCUUCUUAAAGCAGCUUUAGUCGGUCUGCUCUGGGUUGCUUUUGUGUUAAUCGAAGCAGACUGGUAUGUUUGCUGCCAGAAUGAUGGCUCUGAACAACAGGCAGAGUUAGCCUGCAAAGCCAAGGAGAAUAACCUCACUCACAAGGAGCGAGUCAUCGUCGCUGAACUGAAAAACGAUUCCAGGGUUAUCGGUAGCUUCCUAUUCCUUGGCAUCGUGUUUGUGGCAUCCCUUAUGUCAUCGUUUGGAUGGAGUAAAUGCUGUGGAGAAUCAACUUGUUGCAACAGAAAUGUUCUGUAUGACGAACUGAUUUUGGAGGAGAAGGAAAACGCACUGAAACAAAUUCUGAGGGAUGUAGCAAAGGAAGAGAUGAAUAAGAUCAAGGAGGAAAUACGUGGUGAAAAUUGGGGGGUUGUUGCCAGAGAACUGAUAAAACUGAAAACUGCAGAGAAACAAGGGGGACGAGCUCCAGAGAACCAGAAUAAACACCUUUUGGCUGGUUCAUCAGACGAGCAGUAAAGAUGGUCUUCGAUGGUUUGAUUUACACGGCAUGGUUUGGACUAUUGAGCUUUAAUCUGGACUUAAUAUUUUUCAUUUAUUUGCUUUUGUAACUUGUAAUGACAGUUUGAAAGAAAUGUUUCUGUUGUGAUUUAUAUAUCUGUGUUACAAAGCUUUCAGCUCCCAGAACUCGGCUCAAUUAACGUCUUGUUUCAUGUAAUUGUAAUGCAAAUGUGAAUAGUUCAGUAUCUGAAACUUGACAGGUUUUAAAUAAAUGUAGUGUUAAUCAUAUCGUUGUUUGUGUUUUUGCAUUGAGAGCUGUAAACGACAGCAAGGAAAAUACCGUCUGACAGCGGUCCUUCUGCUCUCCAAUGGGACGGA